GUGCCUCUUACUUUUUUUUUUCUUUUUCUUUUUUUUUUUUUUAAGGCCAGAAACCUGUUUGAUUCAGCUGUUUUACAGAUUAGCACAAAGCAAAGAAGUUGAGGGAGGAUUGUGUUUAGGUUAUCUGAGCAGGUGAUUCAGGUACCAGGAGUACUCUUGACCACUGGCUGCUUGGCUGGACCAAAUGCUAAUCAUCACAGUCAUGCUCGUUAUCCUAUUUCAUCUUCAAACAACAUUUGGAAAAAAGAAAUUAUUAUCCUCAUUUUUCAGAUGGGGAAGCUAAGAUGCUAGGGGUUAAGUGACCUGCCCAAAGUAAGCGGUAGGACGACAGUAUCCCAACUGAGACUCUUUCAUUUUACUGAGACAAAAAUGUCUGUCAGGAGGGGAGGGUUCUGAAAAGAAAAAAAAAACUGUUACAUUAAUACUUUUCAAUAAACAAAACUCAUGCUGACUGAUAAUAACCAGUUAGGAAUUAUUAAGAAAUAAGUUAACGAGAUCGUAAAAUCUGAAUUGAAGGCUCACGGUGGCAAACAAAACCGAACCACCCAAUAGAUUGUUUGCCUCCUUUCGUACUUUUUGAAGAAAUUCUUAGUUUUUAUAAUAUUGAGUGUAAAAUUUGGAGGUGGGGUAAUGACUCUUGUCAGAUUGUGUAUUGGGAACGUAUACACUUAUCAUUUGGGUGAUCUAGCAGAGAGUCUUACACUUUCUCUUCUCCUCCAUCAAUGAAAAUUCAAGAUUAGUGACUUUACUUUCAAUUAUUUGGGGUGGGGGAGCAAGGUGCAGAGAAAGGAGUGAAAGAAAUAAGUUACCUCCGGAACUGCCAUCUUCCAGUAAUUCGCCAAAAUGACCAACACAAAGGGAAAGAGGAGGGGCACUUGCUACAUGUUCUCUAGGCCUUUUAGGAAACAUGAAGUUGUUCCUUUGGCAACAUACAUGCGAAUCUACAAGAAAGGUGAUGUUGUGGGCAUCAAGGGAAUGGGCACUGUUCAAAAAGGGAUGCCCCACAAAUGUCACCACGGCAAAACUGGGAGAGUGUACCUUGUUACCCAGCAUGCUCUUGGCAUCAUCGUAAACAAGCAAGUUAAGGAAAAGAUUCUUGCUAAGAGAAUUAAUGUACAUAUUGAGCAUAUUAAGCACUCAAAGAGCCAAGACAGCUUCCUGAAGCAUGUAAAAGAAAAUGAUCAGAAAAAGAAGGAAGCCAAGGAGAAGGGUACUUGGGUUCAGCUGAAGCGCCAGCCUGCCCCACCCAGAGAAGCACACUUCGUGAGAACCAAUGGAAAGGAGCCUGAGCUGCUGGAGCCCAUUCCCUAUGAAUUCAUGGCAUGAUAAAUGUAAAAAAAAAAUAAAGACCUCAAGACUGGAAAGAAAGAAA